AUGGUGAAAGAGAGAGACGAGGACAGAAUGGGCAAAUGCGCCAUUUGUUGGCAGAUUUUACGUCCUAAAAGCCCCUUGUUAAGAGGCAAGAAGUGCACACGGUUUGAAAUCAAAGAGAAACUUGAAUACCUUCUUCCACCCCAAGAUUUCGGAGUUUUGUAUGAUGAACAUAUCUUUAGAAACCCAAGAAUUUGCAAUGUUUGUUUUGUAACCAUUAAAAAAAUUCCAAGAACAAUCUCUAAGCUUCAGGAUCUGGUUGGCAAAAAAAUAAAUACCAAACUCUACAAACCUCAUCGUGCUGAAUGGAAUGAGUUUACUUCUGAUUUACCUUUUACAAGAAACAGAACAAAUAAGCUUGUUCAGAGCAGCAACAGUUUGUCUUCAAGACAGAGAGCACUACAUUUAUCCUCAGAAAUUGUCAAUACAGUGUCUGUUAAUGAAGAAAGAUUUGACCGAGCAAGUAGAGAAAGAUCAAAGUAUUCAAGGCACAAUUCUCCGGAACCUUUAAAUGAAAUAGAAUGCGAAAGCGACAAUGAUGCUACCUAUACUCACUUACAAAAUUCUGAAGGUCAAAGGAGCCACCUUUCUCAGAGUGAUUCAGCAUCAAAAUCGGAAGCGGAUAUACCUGAAUCUGUUAAGGUGUAUGAUCAUCUGCUGGAUGUAGAUCCAAUCUUGUCAUCAUCCAUAUCCACUUCAGAUGAUGUAAUACCACAUGUAGAUAACAAGAGGAAGACAUUAAAAAAGAGAGAUUCAGCUGUGAAGUCACUAACUAAAACUAAACUGACAUCAGUUACUUGUGACAAAACUAUGAAAAGAGAGCCAUGUGUAAGAAAAACUAGGCAGUGUAAAGUCAAUUAUUUACAAUCUCAAAAUAAAGCUAACAAUAAUCGAUCAAUUGCCAGUAAUAAUCUACAAAAAGAAGAUAAGCCUUCUAAAAUACAACGAAAAGCUAAACAGUCUCUUGAAGAAAAGUCUUUUAAUAUGCAACAAAGAACUAAACGGUCCAUCACUUUACGAAGAACUAGAAGUAGUGUAAGUAAAGAACAGGAAAAUUCAGACUCUGACCAUAUGGUGGAUGUUUCAUACUCUGAGAGUGAAGAUGAAUAUCUGCCUCCUUUAACUAGAAGAACUAGUAGGGCCAAGGAAUCUGUAAAGUAUCUGAGUAAACAUGUGUCUGCCUAUAAAAUAUGCCAAGACACAGCAAAGAAUAGAAAGAAAGCAAUGUCCAGACAGUUGACUAUAAAGCUGAAGGCAUUGAAAUCAAGGAGAUUUAAAAGGGGCAAAAAUGAGCAGUCAGAUAUUGCAAACAGUGUUGGUGAGUCCUCUCAGUUUCAAGGAAAGAGUGAUGUUGCAAGGACUGGAGUUAAAGAAGACAUACCUGUGAGUUUGAGUGAGCACUCAAAGGCUAGGCUUAAGGAGUUAGCAGAACAGGUAACAAAGUAUUUACAUGAUAAAAGCAAUAUAUCCCAGAGAAUGUUAAUUAGAUGUUCUGUCGGCAGCUGUGACCAUCAGUAUCCGCUGUGGUGCCAUCAGGCAGUGCAUGUGAAAUAUUACCAUUAUGAUGGUGUGGCUCCAGAUGACAGUUGUUUUACUCAAAAGAUGUUCAUGUUGGCGGAUAAUGGUAAACUUUACAGUGAAACAUUUCCAUUCAAGUGCACACAUGCAAAUUGUGGUCUUGCAUUUACAAGUGAGGACAUUUUACAGGAACAUGAAUCUGCUCAUGGAAAGAAGAAUGUGCUCAUGUGUGGAUUUCCUGACUGUACAAAAGCUUUCAAAAAUCCAAGAUCGUUGCUUGUUCACACUGCAUCCCACACUGGAGAUCAACCAUUUGUGUGCACCAAGUCUGGAUGUGAAAAAAGUUUCAAGGACACUGAAGAGCUAUCUAAGCACAGAGCUAGACACACAGAACUCAACAACCGUAAGUCUACUCAUGUGAAGUAUGAGUCUCUGCGCUGCGAUGCUUGUGGGAAGCAAUAUGCAAAUGAGAAAGGUCUUCUUCGUCACAAGCGUAGAAUUCAUGGCGUUGGCAAGCCUGGUCGCCACAUUUGCCCCUAUGAAGAUUGUACGGAGUCAUUUGUGAAGAAAGAAAAGCUAGAGAUUCAUCUGUGCUCUCACUCACCGGAGCGACGCCUCUUCUGUGAGAAGUGUGGAAAGAAAUUCAGUUGCCAGCGCUAUCUGGAUGUUCACUACAAAAUUCACAUGAAAAAUGAAAAACACGCCAUGAGCCCACCUUCCAGAAGCAUUCGGUGUGAAUUUACUAGCUGUGAUAAAAUGUUCACCACCCGAGAAAACAUGAAAAGUCACGUCCUGAACCAACAUAGAGGCCGCAAGCCCAAAGCUGUGCCCGGAGUUUUCUUUCCAUGUGCCGUAGAGGGCUGUGGCAAGAAAUUUUCCUUCAGGUCCACUCUGUACCGACAUAACAAACUGGUGCACAAAGGAGGAGACUAUAAGUUGGGACGCGAGGUGGUCAAGUAUUUCAACCGUAGAAACCUACUGGAGGAGCAUAUGGUGAUGGAGCAUGGCAAGGCUCCCAAGAGACUGCUGCCCUUGCAGAAUAAAGAGCUGGAUUUUAUAGAGAAAAUGUGUGUGCACUGUGGGAUGGCACUCACAGCUUCCCAGUUGCCUCGUCAUAUUGAGAUCUAUCAUAGUGAUAGAGCUAUCAGAGAAAUGAAGGAGAGUCUGCCAUACUGCUGUCACCUGAAAGAUUGUGAUCAGAUUUUCAGCACACAGGAGGACAGGAAGUCCCAUGUCCAGGAACAUAUAAAUAACCCACCAUUCAGAUGCCACAUUGGAGACUGUGGCAUGACUUUUUACCUGGAAAAGAAUUUGGAUAAUCAUCUGUGGAACCACAGCAAGAAGGUUUCUGUCUGUGACUAUGAGGGAUGCUCCAGAAAAUUUGAGGAUCAGCUUCAGCUGGCUAAACACAGCAAGUGUCACUAUGAUGGAAAGAUGAAAUGUCCUUGGCCAAACUGUGAUAACUGGUUGACAGAAACUGGACACCUGAAACCUCAUUUUGUUGCUCAUAGUCGGUCUCUGAGAGCAAAUUUAGACUCGGAUUAUGUCUGUGAGAUCUGUGAACUUGCUUUCAACACUAAGUGGGGACUGAUGAUUCACAAGCGGAUGCAUGGCGAAGAAGCUGCAGCAAAGCCAUCUUUGUCUCGACUGGUCAAAUUUGCUUGUGAGGAAGAUGGAUGCCAGGCCACUUUUGCUGACCAGAAGGGAUUUUUUGACCAUUUCCUCUUUCACUACACCAACAUACCAGCAAGUUGUCAUAAUAAUGGGUGCACAGAAAGCUUUCGUAACAUGAUCACAAUGUCCAGACAUACAAAGUGUCACUUUGAUGGGAAAUAUAAAUGUCCGUGGCAAGGAUGUGCAAAGUUAUUUGCGUCCAUGUUCAUCGUCAAGAAGCAUCUUUACCGCCACAUCAUGUCCAAUCCUGUGGUCGCCAGCAGCAGGCCAUAUUCCUGCACCCAGUGUUUCAUGGUUUUCAAGUCAGAGAGAAACCAUUUCAGUCAUCAGGAGUACCACAAUGAAAAGUCAGAUUACGUCUGCCCAACCUGUGGCAAGAAGGGACAUCACAACCAUAUGAAGAAUCACAGAUCUGACAACAAACCUCGUAAGCCUCAGGAGUGCCAACAGUGUGGUGCUCGCUAUGCUACAGUUAGUGGGCUCAAGUUUCAUCUUCUGCAAAAACAUAAAAUAGGCAAUUGGCCCUUCCGGUGCAUGUAUUGUAGCAAAGGUUUUGUCAGCAGCCGAGAGAUGCAGCGACAUAUUCCAUUGCAUACCAAAGAAAAACCAUUUAGAUGUGAAAUCUGUGGGGCCAGCUUUGCCUCUCACACAGGUCACAGGGCACACAUGAGGAAACAUACAGGUGAGAGGUAUGCUUGUGAUGUGGAAGGGUGUGGGAAAGUCUACACCACUCCAAUUUCUCUCCGGGGACACAAAGCACAGCAUGCAGGAUUCAGCAAGACCUGCCACUACUGUUUUAAGACCUACAAGAAUCCUUACAGGCACAAAUGUAAAGCUAGCCGAGAGAGCAGAUUGAAGAUAGCCAAACUGGAACAAAACCAGAAUGUGAGACCCUCAGUCUCUCUAAUGGCACCUGCUUUAUCCCAUCCAGCACCACCGCCGCCACAGUCUCAGCCAUCAUUGGUGUCUCUAGCCCCAGCUAUGAUACCGGCCAGCACCACCUUGCAGCAUGCAGUCAUCAUGCCUCAAGAUGGGGUGGCUCACCCUGUUGAGGUCCAGCAGGCCGCCAGAGCAAUCAUGGCCCCAAACACUCUGACCCACUCUCAUGUGAUGCCUCACAGCUUUGCUCCGGGCCUGUCCCAGGGCAUGCAGCAGGCUCUACCCCAUGGCUUGGCUGGUCAGGGCAUGAUGCAACCGGACAGAGGGCAGCCUGGCCCUAUGGACAUGACCAGAGGAGCUUCCAUGGACUUGGCAGCAGACUACACUUUCAGUAAUUAUGUUGUUUUCUGGGACAGCCAAAACAAUUCUUAG